AACUUGUCCUGAACUCCACACAUAACGACGCAGUUUCCACUCGCCUAGUCUACAGUAGAUAUUUAUACAAUUUCAGACGCUUAGCUGAUAGUUUGGAGCUGGUGGACCAUGUCUAACACUUCAGUUCGCCCCAUUCCCACGCUGAAGGGCAUCUUUUCGGUGCCGCGCCCCACACCGUCUAGAAACUUUCUCAAGGAAAACAAGGUGAGCCUGCGCUCCCUGGAGAAGACCACCAGCCAGAAGUUGGCCGCCAAGGAACCAGUGCGUCCGAAAUGGAUGCCACCGCUGCGACGCACUUCCUCCGAGGUGGGGGACUCAAAAGCGGAGAAGCCACCGACCAGGGGCAAGCCUGGACAACAGAACUCUCUGCAGAACACCCGCAGCAACUCGCGUUCCCAGCACCAACUGGCAGUGGCCAUUCCGACGGAAGGUGAACGCUUCGAUGGCCUGGAGGAGCGCGAUCCCCUUCUAUACGACCCCUCGGAGGAAUUCGAGGUCGACCACAUCCCAGAGCCUUCAACCGACCCAUCUUCGGAUCGCUGCCUAUCCUGCGGCACCAAUCGCAGCUCCACCAGCAUCGGCAUUCAGACCGAGGACAUAACUGACGAACUGUAUCUCACAAAUGCACUUAAAAAAUGCAAUUUUGAUAGUCAAUCUGUAAUGGAGGAUCCACGCACAAAGUACGACGAUAACUAUAACCCAAUGCGCUAUGAAAACGAGAAGGAUUUGGAACAGCUACCGCUUUCAGCGCGCUCGAACUCGUCGAAACAGAGUCGCUUUCACAUGUCCGAAAUGGAGGCCAUGGCGGAGACUGAGCCAAUGAACUACGGCGCCUCGGACGAUGAGGCACCACUCAGUGCCCGCAGUCGCUUCACAACGGCCUCCAAUGUCACCACCAUCACUUCUAAAUCAAAGCGUCGUGAGCACAAGCUGGGAUCUCGGGAUGAGGUGCGCUUGCCGCGUUACUUGGAGAAACAGAAACGCGAAAAGGCCGUGGCCAAGCAACUGGCUGACUCGCAGGAUCCCGACUGUCCACGUGGUCAUGUAGUGCUCAGCGAUCAGGAUCGCCUGACCCAUCUUACCAAUGCCAAGAAACGCUACGAACAGCUCGUCAAUGAGCUUAAUCACAUGCCCAUGACCGCACAGACCUUGCGGGUGCAAAACCGCAAGGCGGAGAUCGACAGGGAGUUGACCAUCGUUGAGGAGGACAUUCGCAUAUACUCGAAGGCGAAGGUGUUUGUGCCGGCCAACAAGUCGCGCCAACUGUAGGAACUCGUGGAGCACUCGAAACCCUAAAACAUUCCAUCGACUGACUGAUCACUAGGAACUAGGAUUUCCCAAACACGAGUGUGCCUUCCCAAAACAUGCCUUACGUUAAUUAUAUUUUAUUAUUGCUGAGCUCUGGAUUGCAGGUAGCCCUGAAUAUAAGCUGCCCAGCCUAAUGAGCGAUCGCAUGAGCCAGCAAACUAGAGUUACAGAUUAAAAGACGCGCAUCCAACUUA